AUGCUGGCUGACGACCAUUCCCUACCCGCCACGGCGGUACUGCUGUCGGCGGGUGCAACUGCCCUGUUUGCCUACGUGCUCUACGCAGUGACCUACAACGUCUACUUCCAUCCGCUGGCCAAGUUUCCGGGACCGCCCCUCGCCGGCGCUACGACGUACUGGAAAGCCUACAUUGAGUGCAUUGCAAACCGGUCCUUUUGCCACUUCCUUGUUGAGCUGCAUGCGCAGUACGGCGAUGUUGUUCGUAUUGGCCCCAACGAGCUCCACUUUGCCAACCCAAAAGCCUACCACGACAUAUACAACACCAAGAAUCGCUGGGACAAGGAAGCGACACUUUAUCAAAGUUUCAACGAGGACAGAUCCAGUUUCGGUUUUCUCACGUAUGCAGAGGCUAAGAAUCGGAAAGAUGUGCUUAACAAAUCCUUUUCGCUGGCCGCUAUCGAGAGCUCAGAGGGGCUGUUGGUGAACAAGGUCAAAGAGCUCUGUGCAGCCAUUGAGAAGAGGAGCAGAGAUGCCAAAAGUGUUGAUUUGUUCUACGCGUUCCGCUGCAUGAGCGUCGACGUUAUAACGACAUUCUGCUUCGGCAAGUCCAUCCAUGCAGUCGACGAGCCAGACUUCAAGGCACCUAUUGUCGUGGCCCUCGAGGCGGCCACGCCCGUGGGUAUGUACUUCAAGUACUCGGAUCUGUUCAAAAACUUCAUCUUGAAAUGCCCGCCCAACCUCUCCAAGAAGCUUAGCCCUUUGACAGCGGGCAUGAUCGAUCUAAACCAGUUACUCUCCGCGCAGAUUAAUGAACUCACCGACGAUCCGGAAAAGCUUAAGCUCCUUCCUCACAACAUGACCAUCUACCACCGGUUGAUGGAUCCCGAGGCUCAUCGUGACAAGCAAAUCCCUUCUGCUGGUAGCCUGUAUGAAGAAGCCCAGGCGCUCAUGUUCGGUGGCACAGAUACUGUCGGCAAUACCCUCAUGGUAGGAGCCUUCCAUCUGCUCAAGCAUCCUGAGAAGAUGCAGAAGCUCAAGGCCGAACUAUCAGGCGCAUGGCCAUUGCUCAACGAGAACGAGCCCAAGGUACGCGAUUUGGAAAAGUUGCCGUAUUUGAGUGCUGUCAUCAAGGAGGCGCUUAGGAUGAGUUCGGGCGUCACGUCUGGGCUUUUGAGAAUCGUGCCGAAAACUGGCGCAACCAUUGCGGGACAUGAGGUGCCGCCGCAGACCAUUGUAUCGUGCGGUAGCACUUUCGUCCACUUCAACGCCGACAUCUUCCCCAAGCCCGACGAAUUCAUGCCAGAGCGCUGGCUCGACGAGUCGGCAGAGUUGGACAAGUGGCUUGUCGCUUUCUCGCGUGGCCCACGCAUGUGCUUGGGAAUCAACCUCGCUUGGGCGGAGCUGCGUCUCGGCUUUGGUCAUGUCUUCCGCAAAUUCGACCUGGAGCCAAAGGGCCAACUGCCUGAGAAGCUGGUCUGGCGGGAUGUGUUCUUGCCACACUACCACGAGGACCAUUUACAGGCGAAUAUGCGACCUGUAAGCGCGUAG